AGAUAGUAGGGUAGGGCUGGAGAGCGCUGGAUGCUCUUAACGCGUGCACAUGUAGAGCACUUGAUGUGCACACUAGAUUCCUCUCUGUCUCUCUCGUGAUGAACGGCAGCUGAGCAUCCACCCUGAAGCGUGAUCCUUCACCACAGUUUCAAGCGACUUUCCCCCGACUUUACACCCCAGUCAAGUUUUCUCGAGUUGUGGUGGGAUCUUUUUAUUAAUACCCUGGCCCUGUUAACUCCGAGUUGGUCCGAGCGGGACCGUGAAAGCGUCCGCGGGGCCAGGCUGCGCGAGCCGUGGAACUGCCCCGAGCCCCGCGCGCUCAUGGACGGAGACAUCAUGGACAAACUGGAGGACAUGGCAUCGGUCUAUGAGUUCGACCCGUUAACGGGUAACAUCCCCGCCACCAAAGUGGAGAUCACAGUAUCGUGCAGGAAUCUGUUAGACAGAGACACGUUCUCCAAAUCUGAUCCACUGUGUGUCUUGUAUACUCAAGGAGUGGAGACCAAGCAGUGGAGAGAGUUUGGAAGAACAGAGGUGAUCGACAACACACUAAAUCCAGACUUUGUCCGGAAAUACAUCCUGGACUACUUCUUUGAGGAAAAGCAGAGCUUGCGCUUUGAUUUAUAUGAUGUUGAUUCUAAAAGUCCUGACCUUUCCAAACAUAAAUCCCUUGAACUACACGACUUUCUUGGCCAGAUGUUCUGCACAUUGGGAGAAAUUGUGGGGUCACCGGCCAGUCGACUGGAGAAACCGCUUGGGGGGAUACAAGGGAAGAACUGCGGUAUUAUCAUCUUAAGUGCUGAGGAACUUGGGAACUGCAGGGACAGUGCGACCAUGCAGUUUUGUGCCAAUAAAUUGGACAAGAAGGACUUCUUUGGGAAAUCCGAUCCAUUCAUGGUCUUCUACAGAAGUAAUGAAGACGGCACGUUUACAAUCUGCCAUAAGACAGAAGUGGUGAAGAACACAUUAAACCCAGUUUGGCAGCCAUUUACAAUCCCAGUCAGAGCUCUCUGCAACGGCGACUACGACAGAACAAUAAAAGUGGAGGUGUACGAUUGGGAUCGUGAUGGCAGCCACGAUUUCAUCGGUGAAUUCACCACCAGCUACAGAGAAUUAGCCCGAGGACAGAGCCAGUUCAACAUAUACGAGGUGGUGAAUCCGAAGAAAAAGAUGAAGAAGAAAAAAUAUGUAAAUUCGGGCACGGUGACACUGCUGUCAUUUUCUGUGGAAUCAGAGUCGACUUUCCUCGAUUACAUCAAAGGCGGGACCCAGAUCAAUUUCACAGUGGCCAUUGAUUUCACCGCUUCUAACGGUAACCCAUCUCAGUCCACAUCUCUUCAUUACAUGAACCCAUACCAGAUGAAUGCCUACGCUCUGGCACUGAAGGCUGUGGGUGAAAUCAUCCAGGACUAUGACAGUGACAAGAUGUUUCCAGCACUGGGCUUUGGAGCCAAACUUCCCCCUGAUGGACGAGUGUCUCAUGAGUUUCCCCUCAACGGCAAUAUUGAAAAUCCCUACUGUAAUGGCAUUGAGGGGAUAUUGGAGGCGUACCACCAGAGUUUAAAGACCGUUCAGCUGUAUGGGCCCACAAACUUUGCACCUGUUGUCAAUCAUGUGGCCAGUUACGCAGCUGCUGUCCAGGAUGGCUCACAGUACUUUGUCCUCCUCAUUAUCACAGAUGGGGUCAUAUCAGACAUGUCACAGACCAAAGAGGCCAUUGUGAAUGCUGCCAAGCUUCCCAUGUCCAUCAUUAUCGUUGGAGUUGGCCAGGCUGAGUUUGACGCUAUGGUUGAGUUGGAUGGCGAUGACAUAAGAAUCUCUUCACGAGGGAAACUAGCAGAGCGAGACAUUGUCCAGUUUGUGCCAUUUCGGGAUUACAUGGACCGGACGGGAAACCACGUGUUGAGUAUGGCGCGGCUGGCCAAAGACGUUUUGGCUGAGAUUCCCGACCAGUUCAUCUCCUACAUGAAGACCCGGGGAAUCAAACCCAAUCCAGCACCGCCCCCUUAUACACCUCCAGGACACACACACCACACACAGAUCUGAUCCCAUCCCUGUGCUCUAAAAGUUAGUUUGAGACGCGGCCCUUUCCCUGAGGGAUAGCUACACUGGAGCUCUAAAGGUUUAUCUCCUGAGGUUACCAUGUGUUUGAACCCUCCGAGACACUUCGAGGUACAGUGGCGUUUUUGUUUGUGAUCUUCAAAUUCCUGCCCGUUUUCCUUGGGUAGGACAGUGUGAUUCAAGAAUCUGACCCAAAGGCAGCAUUUUUCUUUUGUUCAAAUAUAAAUAUAUAUAUAAAUAAA